UGGACUGUUUUGUUUACCUUUCUGGCCACCACCACUGAGGGGGUCUCUUAUGUUCUGACCUCUGUUGUAGUCAAUUUUAUCCAUGUUUUACGUUCUCAGAACUUGCUCGAGACACCCGGGAAGUACCGGGGUGCUGAGUGGUCCCAGGUGUGGUCUACGUGCAGCUAUGGGGGCCGAAAGUGGGAGAGAAGAGGUGUAACAACCAGCACAAGGACUUUCUGUCCACCCCAGGAGUCUCAGAGCUCACGUAAGAUACAGCAAAAUAAAGAACAAGAGCGAGAGAAUCAGUAUGAGAACCCGUAUCAAAGUAAAAAACCGGAGUAUCAGAGGGAUCAGUAUGAUAAUCCAUGGCAGAGAACGGUGGGUAUAUUAAGUAACGACAUUAAGAACUAUUUUGCCGGUAUCCGUUUGAUGUUUCGUCAUAUAAGUGGGUUGCAGGGUGACCCUGUGCCUGACCAAGUGCCCAAACUUACAUGGCCUUCCCACUGUGACGUUCUGGUAGUGGGCGGCGGAGUUAUGGGGUCCUCCAUUGCAUAUCACCUAAAAGAGCGAGCUCUUCAGGGGUUAAAUGUAGUUGUUGUCGAGGAAGAUUCAUGUUACAAAAGAGCAUCAACUGGCUUGUCAGUAGGUGGUAUUCGGCAGCAGUUUAGUGUGCCAGAGAACAUCCAACUCUCACAGUAUGGAGUUGAAUUCUUGCGUCAGUCCCCAAAGUUGCUAGCAAUAGAAGGAAUGGAUCCUCCUCGUGUCCAGUUUCAUCCUCACGGUUAUCUCUCACUGGCUUCAGAGGCUGGGCUCAACCAACUUGAAGAGAAUUAUAAAUUACAAGUGGAAAUGGGCGCUAAACUGAAAUUCAUGCAUGCAGAGGAGCUGAAAAACACCUUUCCUUGGCUAAAUACAGAUGGCAUUGAAGCUGGAGUCUUGGGCCUGGAAAAUGAAGGGUGGUUCGAUCCAUGGGACCUUUUGUUCAGUCUGCGUAGAAAGGCAAUUUCUCUUGGCGCUCAGUAUGUCAACGGCAAAGUUACUGGAUUAAAAUGUAAAGACCUCGAUGAUGUCAUCCUGGAGGUACAUUAUUCAUCACCUAUUAAAAACUUGAACAGUGCUGAGGUUACACUUCCAAAUGGAGAAAAACGCAGUAUCACAUUUGCAGUUUUAGUGAUUGCUGCAGGAGCUUGGUCAGGGGAAGUAGGUCACCUAGUUGGCAUUGGGGAUGGCAAGGGCAUUAUGGCUGUUCCAAUUCCUGUUGAACCAAGAAAACGAUAUGUAUACUGCGUCCAUGCUCCUGAGGGCCCAGGACUAGAUGCUCCCCUAGUGAUUGAUCCUAAUGGUACAUACUUCAGACGAGAAGGCUUAGGUGGUCUUUAUCUGUGUGGACAGUCUCCAGAAGAAAAUGAUGAGCCACCCAUAGAUGAUCUUGAAGUUGAUGAGACAUUUUUUAUGAAUAAUGUGUGGCCAACAAUAGCUAAUCGUGUUCCUUCUUUUGAAAACUUAAAGCUCAAGACCUCGUGGGCUGGUUAUUAUGACUACAAUACUUUUGAUCAGAAUGGCAUCAUUGGACUUCAUCCACUCUUUUCCAACAUGUUCAUUGCCACAGGCUUCACUGGUCAUGGCAUCCAACAAGCUGCAGGUGUGGGCCGAGCCAUCAUGGAGUGCAUUUUGGAAGGGAAAUACUGCACUAUCAAUCUUGAACGUUUUGGCUUUGAAAGGAUCCUUAUGAAUGAGCCACUUUUUGAAAAGAACAUAUAUUAAAAAUAAAGGAAAGCUUUUGUUUUUCUUUUUGGGUCAUCCUGCCUCAGUGGGACGCGGCCAGUUUGUUGAAAAAAAAAAAAAUAUAUUAAAAAUGUACAUAGCUAUCAGUGACGAAGUUGAAUAAAUUCAGAUCUUGACAUAAUUAAUGACUGGAUUUUCUCAAGGAAAAUGCAAAGUAGUUUAAUAAAAUAGCCAUUAAUUAAAUGCAGUGUAAUAGCUACUGAAUGUAAAUGUUGUUGUAUUAAUAAAAGCAUAGUUUUGAAUAA